AUGCCGAAACUGGAACAGUUUGAGAUUAAAAAGUACUGGCAGAUUUUCUCCGGUCUGAAACCGGCUGAUAACAAGGUUAAUCAUGACCAAGUGCUUCCGAUCCUUUACAAUUCGAAGCUAGACUCCUCUGUGCUUAACCAGAUAUGGUUUUUGGCGGAUAUCGAUGACGAUGACAAUUUGGAUUUCGAGGAAUUUGUGAUUUGCAUGAGAUUGAUCUUUGAUAUGGUAAACAAGAAUAUUGACAAAGUUCCUGAUGAGCUGCCGGAUUGGUUGGUGCCAGGAAGCAAAGCAAGCCUGAUCAAGGAGAGAAAACAGAGGAAGCAGCAGGAAAAUGCAGAUCUUCCAAAGCAAGAGACUCCGGAAGUGGACUGGUAUAUGUCACCGGAGGACGUCACGCAGUAUGAGAAGAUGCUGGGGACGUGCGAGCGAUCCAGAGACGGCACAGUAACUUUUCCUUCGUUAUCGUGGAUGGUCAAAUCGAAGUUUUUCAACAUUGGGCCCAGCGACAUGGAUAAAGUCUGGAACUUGGUUAAUCCGAGGAAUUUAUCUUCAAUCGAUAAAGAUCCUGCAUUUUAUUUUAUUCACUGCCUGAGACAGUGCAACGACGUUGGAGCCAGAAUUCCUUCUGAACUUCCAAAGGCUUUGGCAGACAUAUGCAACAAAGAAAGAGUCUCUUACGAUUUGAAAUCUGCCCAGGCAGAUGUGAAGAAGAUUGUGAAAAAUGAUGAAACAAAAGCAGACACUACUCCUCGCAAUGAUACAUCGGCUUUGGACGCUCCGGUUGAUACGAUCACCGACGUUGAUGCCUUGGAGAAGGAAUUGGCACUGCUGGAUGCAGAACUGUCUAGAGCAAAAGCAAACAACGAAUCCACGGCGGCUCAGAACACGGCAAGACAAUUAAGAGAGCAAUUUGAAGGAUUGUUGAAAUACAGGCAGCAUCAAACCCUAGAGCACAGUAAAAAAGGACACAUCUCGAUACCAAUAAAUAGUAGGGCCGUCGCGGAAGAUCUUGAUAACAUUGAAGAGCAGGUCAAUGCGCUUGAAUCGUAUCUGAGGAACAAACAAUCGGAAUUGCAAUCAUUAGAACGUGAAAUAGCGUCGUUCCGUUGA